UUAUAAGUUUCAUGCCACAUUAAAAAUACUAUGGAAGAGUUUACCCAAUAUUGUUCAGUUUAACUUGUAAUUUUUUUGUUCUUGUGACCAAUUAAAUGCCUCGACUCGCUAAGAAAUAAUAUUCAUUGGUAUUUUCAAAAUGCUUACAUGACUAAGCAAAAGUCAACGGGAUUGUGCUUUUAUGUGCUGUUGAAAAUCCCAUCUGUUCUGGAAAAGUCUGAUAAGUGGCAAAACCCACAACUGCAUAUUAGAACAUUUUCAAAUGUAAGAGAUUCAGAAUUGAAUGGGAAUCUUCUCAAUACUGCAUCAUGCAACCUUUUGACCAUGGUUGCACUGGGAAUACCACACUUUAAAACAAAUUUGGGCAGAAAUCUACACACAGAGGUUAAAUCUGUAUUUCCACUUGUAGCUUGGGCAAAUGAAAACUGCACUAAUUAACAAUCACAGCAGGCUAGGGUCAAAUUUAUUGGAUUAUACUGGUGAAUUUUAACAUUCUAUAAAUGCAUCCACAGCAAAAAAGAUGUCAGUUGAUACCAUUAUAAAUCAAAAUAUGUACAUAAAAUAAAUCAGUAUGUCUCCAUGUGGUGGUAACAUAAGAACCAGACUCAAGGUGGUGAUAAACUUUGAACAAAGCCUUAAAUAACAUGGAUCAGAUUCAACCCUGCAGAAUCUGAUUCUGUCAGGGUGACCAAUAUUUUGACAAGUGAGUAAAUUAUGACUAGCUUUUCCAUCAACAGCAGCAAAAUGGCAAAGGUGGGUGUGUGGAUUUUGUUGCUGCUCUGUCAAGUUUUCAUGGCAGUUUUGCAAUACCGCUUGUACUGAAUUUUGCCCUUAGUCACCGUGAUUCAACUGUGACCUGUUAUUACAUGCUAACACACUUGUUACCCACAUACAGUUAAGAAAAUGGUUUAUUUUCUUGCGAAUCUGCAAGCUAUAGCACAGAACUCAGAAUUGAGUCCUGUAUGCAACUGAUAAGCUCAUUGUCCAGUCCCCCCAGUAGCACAAUACAGACUCCAGUUCACCAUGGCCUACUGCAGGCCACAGAGCUGAGAGCUGGCUCAGCGCAGGAAGCAGCUGUAACCCCAAGGUAAGUGCACAGUAUAGCUACCCUGCCUCUCCCCACCCAUCUGAAUGGGCUUUCUCAAGGCCAUCCCUCAAUUUGUAAUGGACUCCCCAGAAUUCCAGCUUCCCCCUCUGAAGGGGACACUACCACUCCCAAUGGUCUUCCCCCCCCACCCCAUUUCCAAUGGGUUCUUCUAAGCGAGUCACUCCCAAACCCAGCGGCCUACACCCCCCCCCCCCCCCCCCAAUGGUCUCUCACUUCCAAUCCUAGUGGGCUCGCCCAAAACAGCUCUCCCUCCCAAACCCAGUGGGCUCUUCCACGCGGGUCAGUCUCCCCCAAUGGUCUGUCGCACGCUCUUCUCGGUUGGUUUGGCCUAGAGCUGUCCCCGAGCCCCGUGUUAGAAGAGCAAGCGCCCCCGCCUCAGAUGAAGCCCCGUUCUAGCCGGGAGCGCAUGCGAAUAGUUUACGUGAACAGCUUCGGCACCCACCGCUGCGGCUCCGUAAUCCAAUAUGGCGGCGGCCACAGGCGCCGUGAGGAGAAGGCCGCCGCUUCCGGUGUCGUAGACAGAGAUAUGUCCUCUACCGCUUUGAGCCGGAGGCAGGGGGUGCUGAGGGGCAAGGCGGGUGCCGUUCCGAGGGAAGGUUGCGGAAGCCCCUGGUUCCCAAUCCCUCCUGGCACCGGUCCGGGGGGAGCUGCGUCGUGUGCUGCCGCCCAGGGACCGAGCCAGGGUGGCCAGGCAGGGGGAGCCCCCAGUCUCUGGGAGAGCGGGCCGGGGCUGCGGUGCACACAGAGCAGAGCCGGCGGCUGCGCGCAGGCACCCGGGAGCCCUGCCCUUGCGCCCGGCGCCAGCCAGCGAUACGGUGGGCUUCAAAUGAAUCAGGCUGAUAAGUUUGGAUUCCCUUUCACUUCUAAAGUUGUUAAUAAAGUAAUAAAACGGAAAAAGGAAAAGUCUGAAGUCUUUCGUGGAGUGUUGAAAAUAAUUUCAAAAAUGCUUGAAGAAAAUGAAAAAUUUAGAGGCAGACUGUUGACUUGCCGUCAGUUUAAUACUGAAGGCAGUGAUGUGAACCAAAGCUCACAAAAUGAGGCUUCCUGCAUGGACGGAGAUGAGUCCAUCUUCGGAUGGGUGUAGCAAAGAAGUAAAUGAAGAUUCAGUUUCAAGUGUUGCAUUGAAUUAGUGUUCAUUUUAGAUCUGAUCUAACAUCCAUCUGACAUUAAUGAAAAGACUGACAAUGAUUUCAGUGAGUGUUGGAUCAGAGUAUAUAGUUUAUCUGUCUAGUAUUUUAGCUUGGAGAGCUGUCUUUUAAUAUGGGUUCAAUUAAAGUUUUCAGUUAGAGAGUGUUGUUUUGUUGAAAUCCUUAUUAAGCAUAAUAUAUCACUUAGUCAUUGUUCAUUUUUGCAGGCUUUUUAAUGAACAUUAUAGUGUGAUGGUUUGCAUUCAAAAGAAUAGUAAUAUUUUAUGUUAAUUAUAUUAUGAAUAUAUAUAUAUUGCAUAAUCAGCAGCUUGUCAGAAUUGUUAACAAACGUGUUUAGUAAAAUAAAAUUUCAUACAAGAUAUCUGUCUAAAAUGAAUGAACCACUUGCAUUCUAUUGAUUUAAAUAUUUUUUAUGAUAUUAUAUUAAAAUAAUGUACAAUCACCCUUCUGUUCAUUCAUCCAUUAAUACACGAAUCUCAGCAAUUAUUUCAAAUAAGAAUCCAGGUGAAUCCUCUCAGCCUCAUCAUUCAUCAUCAACCACAUAAAUGUAUUGUUUAUCUGGGUGUCCUUAAUAGUAACAUGAGGUGAUUUUCCUGUGUCAUAGAACCUUAAACUUGGAGUUCUGAUUGACUAGUGAAGCCUUUUUAAUUGGUGAAUUGUGUAAAUGGAACAAGGAGAUUGCAAAAAUAAUUUUUCUGUAUGUGUAUUUCCUCUCUAUAGAUAAAACAUUUAUCUGUCAUUCUUAGACCUUUCUUGUUAUUAUGAAAGAACAGUUUUUCAUUUCAAAAUGUCUCAGCAUUUGCAGAUAUAAUGACUAGAAUUUCAGCAGCACUGAGCUUUAAUAACAUGCUGAUGGUUGUAUUAUCAAGCAGCAAAGCACUUGGGAGGGUUUAAGCUCAGUUUUCCUAAUGAUAAACUACAAGUAAAUAACUAGACUGUAGCUUUUUGAUUGAGUACUCUGGCAUUAAAGUUCUCAUUAUGAACAGUGAUUUGUUGUAGAAUAAUAUUUUAAUGUUACUCAAAAUAGUUGACAUUUCAGCUUGGGGAAAGAAAAAUAUUCAGAUGAGCACAUGAUCAUUUUUUCAGGAAGAGUAAAAGUUUGGUCCCUUGAUAUUUGCUAAUUACGCAUUGGUGUUGUAGCUGUGUUGAUCCCAGGAUAUUAGAGAGAGACAAGGUUGGUGAGGUAAUACUUUUUAUUG